AUGCCUUACUUUGUGAUGGAAACCCUAUCCAAUUUUCCCGGACUUCCCGGUCUAUUUGUUUCCUGUGUUUUUAGCGGUUCCCUAAGUACGCUAUCGUCCGGUUUCAAUGCGUUAGCGACAGUCACUUGGGAUGACUUAGUAAAGAGAUAUUUCCGGAAUAUAAGUGGCAAAAAGCAACUUCUCAUCACCAAAUUUAUCGCCAUGACUUAUGGAUUGUUGGCGAUUGCAAUUGCUUUCAUUGUCGGUCGAUUGGGAACUGUAUUACAGGGUGCCAUUUGUGGACUCGUUUCUGGAGUGGGAAUAUGUUUGGCGAUCACAAUCGGAACCAUUAUAUAUCCGCGACCGAAAGGCUUUCAACUGCCCGUUUCGGUCACGUCUUGUCCGCCAGAAAUAUUGAGUCUCGUGUCAGAGAAGACAUGGAUGUCAGCCGCACAGAGACAGUACUCCGUUCACUACGAGCCA